CAUUAUCUCGCAACGAAACUCUACACCACCUACGCCCACUUCAACCACCCCACCCUUCACAAAUCGCCCGAGGAACCCGCGAAAUCGCUAGCGCUCGCGACAGCGCAAGAACCGAUAAGAACAAAAAGAAAAUGGGAUACCUCCUCUACUCGUUGACCUUCGCGGUCCUUGUCGUCGGCACGAUCCUCUACCUGACGCGGAACACGUGGUUAGCGUUCCUGCCCUUCCAGUCGCGACAAUACCUACACCUCGGCGGCUCCGGCAGCUCGUCCUCCUUCGCCGGCGACAUCGAGGCCGGCCUGUCGAGCAACACCUUCGACCUCGGCGCCAACGUCGAGGCGGGCGACGGCCGCGCCGGGCUCGACGACGCCGCCAAGGCCCAGAUCCUCGCCAUCAUGAAGAAGCGCCGCAUGCGCUUCGACCAGGCCCGCCGCGUCUACAUGGAGCAGUACUUCAGCGCCAACGGCGUCGCCGCCGACGGCCGGCCCAAGGACCCCAAGUUCGUCAGCUUCUCGUGAGCGCGAGAGCGCGCGAGCGGGGGCCGGCUGGAGAUCAGACGAGAAAGAAGAAGACGAGGGG